CGAGCGCCAGAGCUCCUGCGCCCGGGCGCGCGGCGGGAGCGGCGGCGGCGCUGUGGCGAGCCGGGAGCCGGGAGCCCGGGCGCACAAAGGCUGGUGGGAUGCGUGAGCAACUGGGGAAAGGGGAAAAGGAAAGCGAAAGCCGCGGGCGCGGCAGGUGACGGCGAAGGCACCGCGCAGCCCUCCCUACGCCGGCGGUACCUGGGCCUGCCCUCCUGGGCCUGUCGGGCUGAGCCCGGCGCGCCGCAGCCAUGGCUAUCGCCCACCUGGCCACAGAGUACGUGUUCUCGGACUUCUUGCUGAAGGAGCCCACGGAGCCCAAGUUCAAAGGGCUGCGGCUGGAGCUGGCCGUGGAUAAGAUGGUCACGUGCAUCGCCGUGGGUCUGCCCCUGCUGCUCAUCUCGCUGGCCUUCGCGCAGGAGAUCUCGAUCGGUACGCAGAUAAGCUGUUUCUCCCCAAGUUCCUUCUCCUGGCGUCAGGCUGCCUUCGUGGAUUCCUACUGUUGGGCUGCUGUUCAGCAGGGCUCCUUGCAGAGCGAUUCUGGACGCCUUCCGCUGUGCCUGCACAAGUUUUUCCCCUACAUCCUGCUGCUGGCGGCCGUCCUCCUGUACCUGCCCUCCCUGUUCUGGCGUUUUGCAGCUGCUCCUCAUCUUUGCUCAGACUUGAAGUUUAUCAUGGAAGAGCUUGACAAAGUUUACAACCGCGCAAUUAAAGCCGCAAAGAGCAUGUGUGAUCAGGACCUGAGAGAUGGUGCCAGCCCAGUUCUGAGCCCUCAUGAGAACAUGGGACAGAGUGUGUGGGAGAUCCCUGACAGCCACUUCAAGUACCCGAUUGUGGAGCAGUACUUGAAGACAAAGAAGAGCUGUAAGAACUUAAUCCUCAAGUACGUCAGCUGCAGGCUGCUGACGCUCGGCAUCGUACUGUCCGCCUGCGCCUACCUGGGCUAUUACUUCAGCCUCUCGUCGCUGUCCGACGAGUUUGUCUGCAGCAUCAAGUCCGGGAUCCUGAGAAAUGACAGCAGCAUCCCCGACCGCUUCCAGUGCAAGCUCAUCGCCGUCGGCGUCUUCCAGUUGCUCAGCCUCAUCAACCUCGUGGUCUAUGCGCUGCUGGUCCCCGUGGUCAUCUACACGCUCUUCGUGCCGUUCCGACAGAGGACGGACGUCCUCCGGGUGUAUGAGAUCCUGCCCACUUUCGACGUCCUGCAUUUCAAGUCGGAGGCAUACAACGACCUGAGCCUCUACAACCUCUUCCUGGAGGAGAAUGUAAGUGAGCUCAAGUCCUACAGGUGUCUGAAGGUGCUGGAGAACAUUAAAAGCAGUGGCCAGGGCAUCGACCCAGUGCUCCUCCUGAGUCACCUUGGCAUGAUCAAGAUGGACGUCACGGACGGCAAGAGACCAGAGCCUGUGGAAUUGACGACCGAGGAGCCGGGGGACCCGAUGACGGAACUCAAAGAUUUGAAUGUACCCAGUGAAAUUAAAGUAAAUAACGGAGAGACGAAUGCUCGACAGAGACUUCUGGAUUCUUCCUGCUGAUGAUUUUUUCCCCUUGAACCUGAGAUCCGUGACUUCUGUGACAGGAGAUUUGUGUCGGCAGAAGCACUCUGUCAGGCUCCCAGCUGGUCCACGGCAGGUGGUUCUCGGUAGAGCUGCUGAGUGUGCCUUAUUGAGUCCCCAGUGAAAAUGACGGUCCACAGAACGUUGCAGGAGAAUGGUUCAUGAACUGCCGAGGAGAAGCCCUACGGAGAUGUGUAAACCCCAGCAAGUGUACAUGUGUGAGUCCUCUCACAUGGAAAGUGGGAAGGCUCAUCAAAGAGUCGGGCCCCAUUCGUACCUCAAAGAAACACCUUUCUGUGGCGAUGCUGCCGUGAGACUCGGAGGGACCAGCAAGGACUUCAGAAGGCUUUUUGUGUUUGUUGUAUGAAAUAAUAAUAAACGUGUCUCCUAUGUGCCCUUAAUGACUGUUGCACAAGAAAAACAUUCCCUGGCCAGCUGCAUACCUGCUGAUGGCGGCGUCCUCCACUGGGAACAGUGCUGGCGUGGGCUCGUGUCCACCCAGACUCUGCGCACACUGCUGCUCGUCAGCCCCGGCGAACCGAAACCGCCCACCGCUGUUCG